UUCCUGCGCUCAAACGUCUCCUCAGAGCGCUGAAGAAUGGCCCAACUGUUCCAAAUCAACCCUAAUCAAAUCAAUGUUCCACGGCUUGACUUGCUUGUUUACUCUGGUUUGUCUUUUUUAACUUUAUUUCUGCGCUAUUUGGAGUCAUCACAUUUGUAUAAAAAGCCAUAAAGGGAGCCAUCAAAGGAGCGCAGUGUUUCCUCUCAGAUGUUUGGCCUUAAAGUUUGGUUGAAAAGUGCUUGUUUCAGAGGAGGAGUCUGCUGUGUUGACACGGAGGUGAAGGGACUGGACGGGCUGCAGGUGCCUUCAGCCCUGAGAGGCGGUUAUGAGGGCUGCGGCUUGUCAACAGGCUGCAUUGAGACGCACACUGGGAGUCUGAGUGGUCUCUUAACUUGACCGUAUCACAGAGGGUCUGUGUGCGUCUGGCGAAGAGAGAGAACGAGGGAGAGAGAGCGAGCGCAUGUAUAUAAGGGAGUGUGCGGCAGAAAGGGGGCGCUCUGGGCCUUGAAAUCCCGCCGCCCUGCUGCAGUCGCAGGGAGUUAGAGGCGCACGGCGCACAAGAGCCCGGCUGGUUUAGGUUUCAGGUCCGACUCUCCAAAAUCUUCCUCGAUUCGCGUCUCCCUCUGGAUGAACCCUGAGCGGGCGAAUACGGUGCUGAUCAGAGGCAGGAGAAGCGAUGGGCUGGAGGCUGCGUUCCUAAAAGUUGUCACAUUUGCACAGGUUCGGAAGAGCGCGCCCAGCCGAGCUCGGAGCCACGGCGAUCGGACACUUCCUCAGCGACGCCCGCCGAGUCCUCCCCGCUCCAGGAGCCCUGUCCCGGCCGCAGCCACGCCACCCCUAAAACCCGGACACCCAGCACCAUUCAGCGCGAAGCUCUUUCACCAGAUCUAUGGCAUUCUGACAAUGAACAAGCGCACUCAGUUAUUGGAACAGCUGCAGUUUGUCCAGUUGAAAUGCACACCUCGAGACAUGCCCUGUGUGCAGGCUCAGUACGGGCCCGCCCCCCCAGGCUCAGCCUACUCCGGCCAGUCCUUCAGCUACCAGGGUGACAGCUACAGCGCCGACCUCAUGACCCCCGACUACACCAAGCUGGACCUGGGCGGGGGCGAGAUCUCCGCCGCUGCCACCACCUCCCUGCCCAGCUUCAAUGUCUUCGUGGAGGGCAGCUACGAGCCCAAGUCCUCCUGCCUCUACCAGAUGCCCUCGCACAGGCCCACCAUCAAGAAGGAGGAGGAGAGCUACCCGACCGCCCCGCCGCUGGAGGCCAUGUCCUCCUCCACCAUGUACUUUAAGCAGUCGCCCCCUUCCACCCCCACCACCCCGUCCCUGCCGCCCCAGCCCGGCACCUCCUUCCUGUGGGAGGAGCACUCCCUGGCCCCGCCGUCGCACCCUCACUCUCUGGGCUCCAGCCUGGAGACGGGGCCCCUCAAGUCCCCCCGCUUCCCGCACUUCUACCAGCACUCGCCGCCGCACAGUGGCGGCAGCGUCGGCGGCUACGAGAGUCUGGGAGGGGGCCUGGUCCGCACCUCUUCUUCCUCCUCCUCCUCCUCGUCAUCAGUGUCCCACCCUCACGGGCCGCCCCUGGAGCAGCCCAUGUACCAGCUGCACCGCGGGGCCGGAGGCAGCAGCCUCGCCUUCCGCUCCCUGGCCCUCGGCCCCUGCGGCCCUCUACUAGGGGACAGCCUGCCCUCGCCGCCGCCACGUGGCCCCCAAGGGGAGGGAACCUGCGCCGUGUGCGGAGACAACGCCGCCUGCCAGCACUACGGCGUCCGCACCUGUGAGGGCUGCAAGGGCUUCUUCAAGCGCACAGUGCAGAAAAACGCCAAGUACGUGUGUCUGGCCAGUAAGAACUGUCCGGUGGACAAACGGAGACGCAACCGCUGCCAGUACUGCCGCUUCCAGAAGUGUCUGAGUGUCGGGAUGGUCAAGGAAGUUGUUCGUACGGACAGUUUGAAGGGGCGUCGAGGCCGUCUGCCCUCCAAACCAAAGAGCCCCCUGCAGACGGAGGCGUCUCCUCCGUCUCCUCCGCUCAGCCUGUUGUCCGCUCUGCUCAGGGCUUAUUCCCACUGCACACCCCGAGACCUUGACUACAGCCAGUUCAGCGCUGCCGACCCUCCGUCCUCCUCCUCAGACGCAGAGCACAUCCAGCUCUUCUACCGGCUGCUCACCAUCUCCAUGGAGACCACGAGGUGCUGGGCCGACCGGCUGCCCGGCUUCUCCGAGCUGCAGCGGGACGACCAGAACCUGCUCAUAGACUCGGCCUUCUUGGAGCUGUUUGUCCUGCGACUGGCUCACAGGUCGAUGCUGUCGGACGAUAAGCUCGUGUUCUGCAACGGUUUGGUGCUGCACAGGUUCCAGUGCCUUCGUGGGUUCGGGGAGUGGCUGGACUCCAUCCGGGACUUCUCCACCCACCUCCAGAGCCUAAACCUGGACGCCUCCGCCUUCGCCUGCCUGGCUGCCCUCGUGCUGCUCGCAGAGCAAGUCCCGGGUCUGAAGGACUCGAAGCGGGUCGAGGAGCUGCAGAAUAAAGUGAUUUGUUGUCUCAGAGACCACCUGGGCUGCGGCCCGUCCUCCUCCACGUCCAAGGCGCCGCCUCCUCUGAACCGCAUCCUGGGUUUACGGGCGGAGCUGCGUUCCCAGCGGACCCAGGGCCUUCAGCGGAUCUUCUACCUGAAGCUGGAGGACCUGGUGCCGCCGCCACCGCUCAUCGACAGGUUUCUGGACACUCUGCCGUACUGAUCGCGUCCUGUUCGGGCCUUUUUUUUUAAAAAGAAAAAAAUUUCCCCCUAUGGAGCAUGUGCACACUCACCCAGAAAGAGAGACUGGCCUGCUCCCGACCGAGCAGAGAGAGUCAAUCAGAUGCUUUUUCACUCGAAGGGACAACCAAAACAAGAGCGCCUUUCACUCCAACGGACAAAUGCUUUUCACCUGUAUAAAAAAAAAGACUCUUUCAAAAAACAAAAACAAAAAAAAAACGCUUUACCACUUUUUAUUUGAUCCUCCUGUUUUUCUGAGGAGGACGCUGAUGAGACGGAGCAGGAAAAUGACUGUCCUCUCUCCGUCCGGGUGGCAGCUCAUUCUGCAAAAACAGAAAAGAAAGAAAGAAAGGUUUAUGAGUACUGCUGAUCUGUGUGCUGAACUCUUUCUAGCAAGUGUAAGAGAACGUUUGCGGCCUGCUGCUGCAAGGAGGUGAGGGAGUUUUGAAAAGGUCAGAGGUCAGACAGCGUAGAAACAUCAGAUAUGUCAUAAACACACGGACGUGGCUGUUGAGGUGGGCUCUUAAUUACAAGUGCAAUUUCUUAAGUGCUAUCUCGCCACAAAGAGGAAGAGCCAGAGGAGGAGGAGAAAGAGAAGGAGGAGGAGGAGCGGUCUAAUUUCAAACUCUAAAUUAUUUUAAUACAAAGACUUGUACUGUACUGUCAGUAGCUGAAAGAAAGAAAGAAAGACUCCAUCUGGUUUCAGGAGGCAGAUGUGAAGCUGCGCACUAACGUUCGAUGACUGAGUCACCCAGACUUGAACUCGCUCUGCUCUGUCGCUUUUUUUUUUCUUUUUUUUUUUUAUGAUUAACUCGUUUUUGAAAAUCGUAGGUCGAGUCAGGAGGACGGAGGAGUGAGCGCUGGGGCGGAAAUUGGCUUUUUGAAGCACUUACACCCUGAGAAAGGGCUAGAAGCACAGACACACACCCUGCCUGCCUGCCUGCCUGCUCGCCCGGAAGACGGACUGACGGACGGACGGACGGACGGCGGGGAGUCGGAGGGUGCUCGACAGAUAGCUGUACGUCCAGGGAGUGAAACAUUCCACAUUCAUGCUCUUCUUUUUUUUUUUUGUUUGUAUGUUUUUUUCAUUUCUGUCGUGGCGGCUGCGUGAGAGUGUGAAGGACAAACCAGUCUUUUGUGCGCUUAGAGAAGGCCGGAUCAUAUGCAUGGUGUGUUUAUACGCUGUCAGAGCUGCCGUAAGCCUGUCAAAAAGAAAAACAGCUCGACCCGUGUUUGUGUCUCAGACUGCGGCUCUGCGGGGAAUCUCCCACCAACCCACUCACACACUCACGGCGGCGAGUUUUCAAGAUGAAAAAUUCUAUAGAUAUAAAUAUAAAUAUAUAUAUAUAAAUAUAUAUAUACAAAACUAAUAUUUUGAAGUGUUUUUAGCUUUUUC